AUGUCUUAUCGCCCUCAGUUUCAACAGAACCAAGGCGGGCCUCCUUAUCAGCAUUUGGGUGCACCUUAUCAGAGUUAUUCCACGCAGCAGCCUUCCCCUAACUCGUUGAAUGGGUUUUUCAAUCAAUUUGAAACCAUAUCAAACAAGAUAGAGGAAAUAGUGGACAAGUACACCAAACCCUUGAAACCAUUUAUGCCUGCAAUUGCCCGGUUCUUCAUAGUUGCAACAUUUUAUGAGGACUCUCUUCGUCUUGUUGGGCAAUGGACGGAGCAGGUGUACUACUUACAUGUCUACAGAAGAUACUGGGGUUGGUUUGUCAAGUUGUUCCUGACAACCAAUAUCAUCGUCAUGUUGGUAGGGUCUACUCUUCUGAUUGCUCGUAAACGGUCAGAGAUUGCCUCAUCUUUUCUGGUGGCCGUCGUUUUUUUCCAAGGAAUUGUUUAUGGAUUGUUUUUUGAUUUAGGAUAUUUCCUCCGUAACGUUAGUGUGAUUGGAGGACUUUUGUUGGCAUUUUCAGACUCCAUAGUGAGGGACAAGAGAAAUCUUUCCAUGCCAGGAUUGCCUCUUAUGGAGCACAAGGAUAACAAGAAGUACUUUCUGCUUGCUGGCAGAAUCAUGCUAAUCCUGCUUUUUGCAACAUUUGCGUUCAAUUCCAAUUGGUCUCUGGGAAGAAUAUUAGUUGUUUUGGUAGGCUUUAUUACAAGUAUAUCUAUUGUGGUGGGUUACAAGACAAAGUUUGCAGCAAUUGUACUCACCCUGAUGCUAAUGACUUACAAUGUUAUAGUUAACCACUACUGGAGUUUUGGCUACAAAGAUAGCAGAAGAGAUUUUCUGAAAUAUGAAUUCUUUCAGACCUUGAGUAUUGUUGGAGGAUUACUGAUCAUUGUGAGUACAGGAGCUGGAGAGUUGAGUUUUGAUGAAAAGAAAAAGAUCUAUUGA